AUGGGUGGCCACGGAAAAUACCCCGCUCUCUUGAUCGACCCGGCAAUAGAAAAAUGGUAUCAUAUGAAGGAAUCCACUCACGCUUACUACCGCUUCAACCGUCGUACCGCGGCUUUCGGGAUUAUCCUGACUCUUGUCAUUCCCGGGUUCUUUUACUGGGGAUCUUCAACUUACAUGAACAAGGUGCAACCGAUGGGAGCACGGAGAGGGGAGAAACUGUUUUACAAGGACGGCCUGAAGAAGGAGGAGCCCGUCGCCGCUGCACCAGCUGAGGAAUAG